UACCUCCAGGUCUCCGCGCCUCCUCCUCCUCCAACAUGUGUCUGCACGGCGCUGUGCUUGUGGUGCGUAUUACCAAGGAUGCAUAAAGGCAGAGGACAGUACGCGCCCCUGGAUUCGAGCAGCUGAAGUCGCAGCCACUCCACUCCACGUUUUGCCCUGCCCUUGUGCGCUCUUGCUCGCUUGUGCAGCGUGCGUCUCCGUUGCAUUUCGCUUUCUCCUCACCCCUCUCUCUCUCUCUCUCUCUCUCUCCCUCUCUCCUGUCUUCACACUGACACGAACACAGGGCGCUGCUGUGUGUGCGGGAGAAGUUGUUGGCACAGAGAGCACCAGGUACCAACUGUCUUCAUCUCCAACGGAUUUGUUCAAGCGGGGAGCAAUCGGGGGUCUCGCUCUGGGUUUCUUAUUUUUUCUUUUUAUCGAUCUGGAAGAUACGAAGAUUUUUUCUUCUUCUUCUUCUUCUUUUUUUUUUUUUUUUUUUUGCAAUGAGGUGGACGUACCAGAAUCUAAAGUGAGGAGUGAUUUUGUUUUUUCUAUACAUUCUGGAGGGGUUUUAAUGAACAUCUGACAUCCUGCUCACUGGAGAAAUCUCCCCAAUCAGCCCUUUUGGAUUUCUUUCUUUUUUCUUCUUCUUCUUUUCUUUCUGCCGGAGCUCGUUAUUACCCCCGUGAAACAUUACCAAGGAUUUCACUGAUGUAUGCGAUGUGGAGGCUGCAAGUCGCCUUAUGUACUCUGUCGGUGCUGCUGUCCCUGUCAUCCGGUGGUGAAAGCAAAGCGCGGAGCUGUAGCGAGGUUAGGCAAGCUUAUAACGUUAAAGGAUUCAGCCUCGUCAAUGUACCUCAUCAGGAAAUAUCAGGUGAGCACCUGCGUGUCUGUCCUCAGGGAUACACCUGCUGCACAUCUGAGAUGGAGGACAAACUCAACCAGCAGAGCAAACUGGACUUCGAGAACUUGGUGGAGAAGAGCAGCCACGAUAUGAGGACGACGUUUGUGUCGAGGCAUAAAAAAUUUGAUGAGUUUUUCUUGGAGCUGCUGGACAAUUCUGAGAAGUCUCUCAACGGCAUGUUCACACGGACGUACGGGAAGCUGUAUAUGCAGAACUCAGAGGUGUUCCAGGACCUGUUCACAGAGCUGAAGCGCUACUACACGGGGGGCAACGUCAACCUAGAGGAGAUGCUGAAUGACUUCUGGGCCAGGCUGCUGGAACGCAUGUUCCAGUUACUCAACUCCCAGUAUCAUUUCACAGACGACUACCUGGAAUGUGUCAGUAAAUACACAGAUCAACUGAAGCCCUUUGGAGAUGUGCCCAGAAAACUGAAGGCCCAGGUCACCAGGGCCUUCAUUGCUGCACGGACGUUUGUCCAGGGGCUAAUGGUGGGUCGGGAGGUCGCCAACAGGGUUGCCAAGGUGAAUGUAGUUCCAGCGUGUGUCAGAGCCUUGACCAAAAUGAUGUACUGUUCCUACUGUCGUGGCAUGCCCGGGCUGAAGCCCUGUCACAACUACUGUCACAACGUUAUGAGGGGCUGUCUAGCCAACCAGGCAGACCUAGAUGCCGAAUGGAACCUUUUCAUUGAUGCUAUGUUACUGGUGGCAGACAGGCUGGAGGGACCCUUCAACAUAGAAGCAGUUAUAGAGCCAGUAGACAUCAAGAUCUCUGAGGCCAUCAUGACCAUGCAAGACAACAGCAUGCAAGUGUCAGCCAAGGUUUUUCAAGGGUGUGGCCAACCAAAGCCGUCAGGAAUAGGCAGGUCUGCACGCGGCAUCUCAGAUGUGUUCAACACUCGUUUCAGACCCUACACCCCUGAAGAACGGCCAACCACAGCAGCAGGAACGAGCCUCGAUAGACUGAGGGUUGUGUGGAGGACAAUGCAACACAGUGUGACUGACAUCAAAGAAAAGUUGAAGGAGUCCAAGAGGUUCUGGUCCAACCUGCCAGAUGACAUCUGUGCCAAGGGCAAGCUCACAGAGUCUGACGAGGAACAGUGCUGGAACAGCCACGCGAAGGGCAGAUAUUUCCCUGAAGUGGUGAAGGAGGGUCUAACCAACCAGGUGAACAACCCAGAGGUGGAUGUGGAUAUCACCAGGCCUGACACACUGAUACGGCAGCAGAUCAUGGCUCUACGUGUCAUGACCAACAAGCUAAAGAACGCCUACAAUGGAAAUGACAUCUACUUCCAGGACUCAAGUGACGAGGGCAGCAGUUCUGGCAGCGGCAGCGGCUGCUCUGACGGCUGCACAACAGAGUUUGUUUUUGUUGGAACAGAGGCUCCUGUGAUCGGAGCCGACAGAAGCGAUGAACGUGCAGCAGCGGCCGCCGCGGGAAACUCCCUUUCCUGCGGACCGUCCCUAUUGCUGGUGAUGGUCGCCCUCACACUCCCACUCUGGGCAAUGCAGACUCAAUGGAGAUAAUACAUGGGUGUGGCCUGAUCACUGACUUGUAUACUGUUACCUACAGUAUGUCUAACAGCAAGUUCUACUGCUGUUCCCUCACUGGACAUGUAGAACCUCCUGGAAACCUGUCGAGAAUGGCUUACUGUGUGGUAUAGUAGGACUGGAAGUGAGUGCAGUGCUGCAUCCUGCUCGUCCCCCAAAGAAUGCUUGGUGCCAUCGCUGAACCAGCUUUCACAUCUCUGAAAAAAAAAAGAAAAUGUGGUGUUUUCUCAUUAUUCUAAAGUGGGUUUUGAAAAACGUGCUUCUCUUUUAGACAGUGAAAACCAUCAGAUCGGAUUUUUCAGAUUAAAAAGGGGAAUCUAUUUUUCUUUUCCUUUGUAUGAUGAAGUUGUGAAAACACCCAUUUUAUCCUAUUAGUCUUGUCCCCCUCAGACAAAAGGAAAGUCUUACUGUGUGCAUGCGUGGAAAUGAUGUUAACUGACAAAAACAUUUGUUUUGUUUGUUUUUUAUGCAGGCUACACAGUGUUUAGAUUGGUUGGUACAGGAUUGUAUAGUGCUAGCAGUUCACCCGGUUUCCCGUUUGGUCAUAUCAGUGUGGCUUCAGGAAGCAGCAGUCCUUGCAGCCACUUUAUAGUUGCACAUUUGAUUAUCUCUGAGAAAGUGCUAAUGUACUGCACUAAGAGAACUACUUUGCACAGAUUAUUUUUGUUGGCUUCAUAAGUUUAUAAAGCUACACGAAACAUCCACCCCCACAGAGAAAGAAGAUCUAUAUUUUCAGAUCAUUUAACUGAUUGUAUUGUACUUAUAAACAGUUGCAGUAUGUAUUUCAUUGGAAGGUACUGUAAUGUAAUCUUACUGGUUUAGUUAAUGGCAAAUUUUAAUAAAUGUAUUUGUUUUUACAAGUUAUCUGAUCACCUGUAAAAUGAAAAAAAAAAAACACUAAGCCAUUAUACUACAAUUGCCUGCUAACAAUAUAUCAGUUACCUGAUUUACUCACCUCUGUUUGGGUACUUAACAUGCCCCUAAACAGUCCACACUUCCUUUUUAUUUGUCAUAGACUCUGAGUAUAUUAGUUAUAUUAGGUAUAAGACAUUUACAUUUAUUUUCUUGGCUCCCAUGUUUUAUGAUUUAUUUUGUUAUUUGCUCAUAUUACAUGUUUGUAAGGUUACACAGUCCUGUGAGGUCACAUAGGCCUCCAGCAGGCUCUGCAGGUUUUACCCAUUCACAGUUAAAUUUGCACAUUUUAUCUGAACCAUCCCUACAGGCUACAGGUUUUAUGAAAGGUCAUGUUUUCUUAACAAGGCAUGCACAAAGUCAGCCACUCAAAAUGAAGCAGGGUGCCAGGAUUAGAGAGCUCCAAGUGUACUCUUAGAACUAGGGUUACUAUCUCCUGCAGGCUUUGACCUCUAACUCGAGGGGCUCAGGGAGCGAAGCCAAUAGCUUACACUCCACCGACACAGCUUGAUGGCCGUGACCUCCGGUGUCAAAGGAAAGGCAGGUCCCAGAAAUGUUACAGGAAUACUGUAAAAACAAACAUCAGGGGCGAAUGUUCAUCAUUUCACAAAAGAGGGCAGUCGAGACAGUCAUCCUAAUGCUGGAGUGUGCCUGGAGGGUCCAAUCCCAUCCCGCUCAUAAGCACCUGAAAUGUUUUCACAUACCCCAUGAGCAGGUCUCCUCUCUCCUCUCCAAAACCCAUCACUGGAACGAAUUAACAGCUGCUGUGAGCAUCUUAAAGAGACUGCACAUUUCACAACAGCACACAAGAGUUUCAAGUCGUGAUGAAAAAUGUCUGAUGUUCUUGGGCACAACUGACAGGUGUGGGUGGAGUGCAGUGCUUCUGUGGACCCUUCAAAUGAGCAAACAACUCAAGUAGACUAAUAUCUACAUUGCCAAAUUUUGCAUCACUAACACGGCUGUCUUCACACACAGCACCUGGAGAAAAAAUCUCCCCUCAAUGGGCUCAUAUGACUCAGUGGAGAGACCCACAGGCACCACAGGAAGCUCCCAGUGCAGAACAGAUGGGAAAACAUUUGACCUCGGUCGCCUCCCUCCCUGCAGAAACCGCUUUAGGAGAAGGUGACUGAACAAAAGCCUCCCACCAAAACUAGCAUGACACAAUUAAAUCACUGAUGCGUAAAGCCUAAUUGCAGAAUGUGGCAGGCCUCUAUCCAUCCGAAGCCAGAGGAAAGAGGAGGGAUGGCGGCACUGAACUGAUCAACAUAAGGCCCUUCCCCAAUGUCAAACUGUCCGGUGUGGUGUGGGGAGGUUUAUGCCGCUCUUAAUUACAUCAUUUCACGGUGCCCUCUUCCUUCUGUAAUAGUUAAAUGCCACAGGACUGGAGAUUUAGCAGUUACCAACCACUUCUGGAAAAUCAGUUAAGAUUUUCACUAUAUACUGUAUGAAAACAGGCACAGUGUGCAGUGGUUGGAACUGCCGCCUCACAGCAGAACGUUCCUGGUUCAAAGUGGGGCUUUUCCGUGUGGACUGGAGUUUGCAUGCUCUCCCAGUGUGGUUCUCUACAGGUACUUCAGCAAAGACAUGCAGGUUAAUUGGUGACUCUAAAUUGUCCAUAAAUGUAAACGUGAACAUGAAUGGUUUAAUGGCUUAAAUUGUUUGUCUAUCCGUCAGCUUUGUGAUGAACUGGUGACUUGACCACCCAGUACUAGCUGGGAUUGGAUUGGCAGUUAUGGAAGAUGGAUGGAUGAAAACUUUACUAGAGUAGACUAGGCCUGCUAUAGAAACAACAUGAGAAACAUGAAAAAUAGCAUUCAGCAGAAACACCAGGCCGCAUUGGGAGAUGAACAUAAUGAGAGCAAAGUCUGCAGAGAAGCGGUCGCCAUGGGAAGAGCCGGAGAUCUUAUCACUCCCCACCGCGGGACAUGAGUUGAUGACGGAAAAGAGCUAAAAAUGGAGCGAUCCAGCCACAUGGUAACACUGGAGGAGGCCAUCUUCAUCUCAUCGUAUUGAACUAGGUCCUCAUCCAGUCAUUGUAGGAAAGUUUGGUUACAAAGAAAGGAGCAUUUCUAACAUGUUUCUUGUUCUUGUUAGUUUGUUCACAUACUGAUGGCAGAGGCCGCCAACUACAUCUACACAGUUUAAUGUUAAUCAACAGCACUGCAGCUCACACCCCUGAUUAUUAGACAGCACACCACCAUCUGAACCACAGCCGACCCAUUCUGAUUGAGCGCAAGAAGCGUAAGCAGCAUCAGUGCAUACUGCAGGGGUGACAUUGCCUGUUCUCCUUUCCGAGGUCAGUGCCUGAACGAGAUAGAACCAGGGGUGCAGUGGAAACUAAACACACAAACACAGUUUACUCACCACUCUGAAUCGAAAACAGCGUUUAUGCAACUGUGUUCACUUCAUUUGCAAAAGCACCGACUGGUGCUUUCAGUGGGUCAGACAGAUGAGACAGACAUGCGGUAGUUAGACAGGACAGAUGUCUAGCAGUAACUAUUUAUAACGUGCUGAAUAUUAAAUAUAAUAACUAGCUGUCAGGCCUGAUGUGCAGCGAUAGUUUUACUGACCUGUUAGGAUUUCUUCACCCGGGAGUACAGUCCUGGAUAGCAGAUAAUUGCAAUGAGGGAGGUUUCAUGUAAAAAUCAUGGUCUAUUACACGAGGCCGACUUAUGAAAUGAUCGUUCAAUUCUAGCUUCAGACGUUUACAUUUUUCUGAGAAUGUAUCUACACUUGAUACAAAGUGUUCUGACUUUUAGAAUGAAACACAAAUAGAUGUUUUGUCAGCACUUUUAUUUUGACUUCAAGUGCAGUGUCAUAUUGUUCCCAAACACUAGAUUCAAUUGGGCUGCUACAGAGUUGCCGUCAGGUAAACUUUGUGCUUUGGUGAUUCUAUAAUAGGCAAAUGAAAUAAAUACACAACAGGAAGAGAAGAGAGUCGAUUAGAAGUGCAAGUUAGUGGGUUAUAUAUCGCUGCAGUCAAACAUAUAAAUUCAGUUUUCAAGUAUUAAAAAAAACAUUGUGGAGGCAGAUAUUUCUGAGUCAGGGUUGGAAAUGAGGCGGAACAAUCAGCACAGCGCGCGUGUGUGUGUGUGUUUGAUAAUAAGACAGGAAGUUAGUCGUGUGGCUUCAGAUACUGGCAUUGUUUAAGCUCUGGCACUGCUGCCUCUUCACUGAGGCUCAACGAUGGUGUUUUUGAAAGUGUAAAAACUCGGUAAGCAUCUGCAGUCAUACAAAGCACUCAUAAAGCACUUCUACAAGAUCUGUGAUUGCAACAUGUUUUGGAUGAGCAAGGAUAAGGCUGCUCCUGACAGAGUAAAGGAAGUGAAUUAGGAAAAGACUGUUUCAGAAGUAUGUCCAAUUUUUCCAAAGAGCUUGUAACAGUAAAAACAACAAGUUGUCUUAUUACGCAAGGAAUGUUUGCCAUUUUUCACUGCCUUGCGUAUUCUUUUCUCUCUCCUGAUACGACGUUACCCUGGUCAGACAUACAGUAUCACUGUCUGAGAUGCUACAGCGCUUGACUUAAUUUGUCUGUGAGCCAUAUGUCUUGUUCAUUCUCUUUGG